AUGGUCUCACCCCACAAAUCGUCCAAGUCGGUCAGCCUUCAAUUCUGCGCUGAUACGGGAGCUGACGUCAUUAUCAUUGGUAUGAAUCAAUUUCGGGAUUCCGAUAUUUGUCAACUAACCACUCUAGAUCAACGUUCGUCAAACUCCGUCAUUUCUGGUGUUGAUGGUCGAUCUCUUAGCUUGGUCGGUUCGUUCCGAGCUAAUUUGUCUCUAGAUGAGGAUCAUAAGGCCCAUGACGUAACAAUAGUCGUCAGCUAUGAUGUUGACGACUCGUAUCUGAGUUUAGAUGCUUGUCGAGCCCUGGGUAUUGUUGGACCCAAUUUUCCACAACCAAUGAUUUCUGUAAUUGAAAGAGAGGUCGUAAGAAUCCCUGAUCCGACUGUUUGGUCGUUGAAAGAGCGAGAAGAAUGGAUUACUUCCUUACCUUCUUUGCCUUCUAGGGAAGACUUCAUGAACGUUGAAUCCAAACUUAAGUCCAUUUACAGUACGGCAUUUGACGAUUCAAGUUUGAAACCCAUGCGCGGUCCAAUCGUGGGUGAUCCUAUGGUGAUCACCUUAAAGGAAGGAGCAAGAUCGUUUGCCAUUAAUACCGCGCAUCAGAUCCCUAUACCUCAAUUGGACCCCGUCAAAUCCAGUUUGGAUAAGAUGGUUGAUAGUCGGAUAAUAGAACCCGUGGGUGAUAUUCCCACACCUUGGUGCCAUCCCUUGGUUGUCGUACCGAAACCGGAUGGAUCUCUCCGUCUGUGUGUCGACUUAACGAGGUUGAACACUGAAGUCGUUCGUUCUAUUCAUCCCAUCAAGACUCCGGCCGAGGCCAUUUGUGGGUUCAAACCCCGUGAUAAGUAUUUCAUCAAGUUGGAUCUGGUCAAAGGCUACUGGCAAAUGCCGCUGGCCAAAGAGUCGCAAGAAUUGACCACUUUCAUUACUCCUUUUGGGAAAUACCGUUUUCUCCGUUCACCCAUGGGAUUUAUUUCAACCGGGGAUUCCUUCUCUUAUAGAGGCGAUGUCGCAAUGUCUGGCCUUGGCAUUCAAAAGGUUAUUGACGAUAUGGCUGUGGGAAAGGAAUUGUAUCCUGAUCUGGUUCGCGUUACCUGUGACAUUCUGGAACGUUGUGUCCGUUUCGGCAUGACUGUCAAUGCCAAGAAGAGCGUUAUUGGCGGGGCCGAAGAGAUCGAUUUUGUCGGAUAUCGUAUAUCUCGCGAUAGUAUUAAGGCCGAUCCCGAGAAAGUUGCAGCCAUCUCGAGAUUCCCCUGCCCAGAGGAUCGCCAAGACCUGAGAUCGUUCAUGGGUCUUGUUAACCAGUUGGGUCAAUUUUCGAGCGAGAUCGCUCACAAUGCUGAGCCCCUCAGAGAUUUGCUAAAAAUAAAGAAUGUGUUUUCAUGGUGUCCCGAACACAUGAACGCGUUUGAGAAGGUAAAAUCGGCUCUUACCUCUCCUCCUAUUUUGGGAAUGUUCCAACUUGGGGCCGAAACCAUCCUUCAGACAGACGCAUCGAAAUUGAAAGGUCUGGGUUUUGCGCUUAUGCAGCUCCAUGAGGAGUGGAAGUGCGGCAAGCAACAUUAUAUUCCCGACGCCUUAUCUCGUUAUCCCAUUUCGGACCCCAACGCGGAUGAAGAUCUCGAUCCAAUUGCCUCGAAUCUCCAAGUAGCGGCGAUCAGGGCUAAAGAGACGGACCUUGUUCUGGAUAAUCUUUCGGCCCACGCGCGGUCAUCUUCGGAGUACCAGGCGUUGGAGUCAUUGGUCGAGAGUAACUUCAAACCCAAGGUCAAAACUGGAUAUCCCUCUCUUUUCAAAAAGAUCGCGGAUGAAUUGUCUGUGGAAGGUGAUCUAGUAUUGCGAGGCUCACGUAUUGUUGUCCCGCCUUCUGCAAUCGGAGAGGUUUUAUCCUUAUUACAUGCUAGUCACCAAGGGAUAGAGAGAACGAAGAGACGAGCCAGACAAAUCGUGUACUGGCCUGGAUUUUCAUCCGAUAUUACGAAUAUGGUCGAAAAUUGUCGUGAAUGUGCCUACUUCAGACCAUCAAACCCGGCAGAACCCAUGAUGUCCAAUGAUCGUCCUUCUCGUCCUUUCGAAAUGGUUUCUGCUGACUUUUUUACUUAUGGGGGGAAAGACUAUCUCGUCUAUUCAGAUCGUUUUUCUGGGUUUCCUCUCGUGGCCAGAUUUAGUUCUUCCCCCUGCGCUUCGUCCUUGAUCCAAGAACUUCGUGGUUUUUUCACGACGAUGGGCGUGCCCAACGUUUUCCGGUCCGAUAAUGGUACUCCCUUCGCUUCAUCAUUAACUCAAGAUUUUUUCAGCCAUUGGGGUGUGGAAUGGAGACCCUCCUCGCCCCAUAACCCCCAGUCGAAUGGCCAUGCCGAAUCCAAUGUGAAAAGCAUCAAAUACCUCCUCGCCAAGUCCGGAGGGGAAUGGGGAUCCAGUGCUUUCAUGUCCGGUCUUUUGGAAUUGCGGAACACACCACGCUCAGACGGACUCUCACCAGCCCAACGUUUAUUCGGUCGUCCUCUCAGGUCUAAGUUGCCAAUUCAUUGGAAAGCGUUUAUGCCUGAGUUUCAGAUCACGUCGGAUGAGGCCGAUACCAAACGAUUCCGGGAUGACGCACUUCGAAAAGCAUAUUAUGAUCGGAGUACACGUGCCAGGAAGAAGAUUCCAUUGGGUCAGCGCGUCCUCAUCCAAGAUCCGAUCACACGACGAUGGGAAAGAGAAGGAGUGGUGGUCGACAACAAGACGCCGAGACGGUACAUGCUUCGAUUGCCAUCAGGCAGAGUGUUGGUGAGAAACCAGAGAUUUCUCCGUCGUGGACUCGUUCAUGACCUCAUCGAUGAUGAAGAGCCAGCUGACGAGCCUGACGCACUUCCUUCAAGACCAAUUCGUGAUCGACGUCAGAUUGUUCGCUUUCAAGCAUGAUAGUUUUUAUAUUUCGUUCACUAUGUUUUUCCAUUCCAUUCAUACACAAAAAAAGGGAGUUGGUAUGUUGUGAUGUUGUCAUGCGAGUUAUGAUUGACGUUUACUUCCGAGCAUAUCUAGUCGAGAAAUAUACUUCCAUCUGAACCUUUA